UCUAGGACCCCAGAGCAACCAGCUGGCCAAGCCCAUCUCUAGCGACAUGGAUUUAGAUUGUAGGUUGCGCUGCAUAACAUGAAUAGGUAUUUGUUGAACAUUUCAUACAUUGGUACGACUUUCCGUGGUAUUCAGAAGACGGUGAACAAGUUGGAGCAGUCGCGUCUGGACACAAACUCCGUGCAAGGCUGUUUGGAGCUGGCGCUGCGGGUCUUUCACCCAAUAAACGAAAUACAGACCGUGCUUUCCAGUCGAACUGACGCCGGUGUACACGCCCUGCACUCCACUGUGCAGGUGGACCUGGAGCGGCCUAAUGGACAGCCCUAUGAUACAACCACUUUAACCGGAGUGCUCAACCGAACCCUUAACAAACAGGGUCUUCCAAUCCGAGUGAUCAGCAGUAAGUUGGUGUCCAACUCCUUCCACUGCCGCUACCACGCCAUUGGACGGACCUAUCUCUACCGCUUUGCCGUAGCAAAGAUUCCGUCAUUGGAAGACUGCAAUCUCCGGAAUAAAGCUUACGAGACUUUCAUACCAGUGGAAGAAAUCGAUCGCUGUUACUUUCUGCAAUCUUCUAGCUUUGAUAUCAAUAGAGUGCAGGCUGCAGCGCGAAUGUUUAUUGGCGUCCACGACUUUCGCACUUUCAUGAGUGUCAGCCGCCAGAAAGUUAGUCGGGAUCACCCAAUGUUCACAGUGCGCAAAAUCGACGAGAUUAAUAUACGUCCAGGUGAAACGCGGGCACUGUCCUCGAGCGCCAUUCUGGCCGCUGAUACAUACAACUAUUGGGACAUCGAGAUCAAGGCUAAAUCGUUUCUUUACAAACAAGUAAGGCGCAUUGUCGGAGCGCUGAUCGCUUUGGGUAACGGACGCAUCGACGAGAGGUGCCUGUAUCAGAUGCUCACCGUUCCCUCGAAGAAUUCUUGGGAUCCCCGUAUUCUCCUGGCUCCGGCCUGUGGACUCUACCUGUGCAAGGUGCACUACCGAGAAACGGACAUUUAA